ACCAUCCUGAACAGAGCACGCCCCCCUCCACACCCCUCCUCCCCACCUGGCUUGUUUAUCUGACUUCUCUCUUUGGUGCAAACUGCCACCAACUCCACAUCCUUUCCUCUGUAACCAUGAAGGCGACGCUUCCUCUGCUGCUUCUCACCGCAUGUCUGGUCAGUGCGGGCACAGUCCCCAAAGCUGUCUGGCACUUUGGAGAGAUGAUCAUUUGCACCCAGCCGGGUAUUAAUCCUCUGGAUUACAACGAAUACGGCUGCUAUUGUGGCUUAGGGGGAGGUGGCACUCCGGUGGACGAUGUGGACAGGUGCUGCCAAGUUCAUGAUAAAUGUUACGAAAACAGCAGAAAGAUUCCUGGAUGUGACGGUAUUUUCGACCUUCCCCACAUUAUCAGCUAUGAUUUCACCUGCUCAAACAAACAUGCGUACUGCUCAGCAACCAACGACUCGUGCGAGGCUGCGGCUUGCGAGUGCGACCGUGCGGCUACUGAAUGCUUCGCUCGGUACAAUUACAACCCUGAUAACAAGUACCUGGGUUCUCAGUACUGUUAAGACGCAUCAGACACCCACCGCCACAUGUGGAUCACAGCUGCCUUCAGAAUAUAACGUCUUUUUUGUCAGUGACCUUAAAAUAAAAGAUGUUUUAUUCUGA